AUCUUUUGCCUAUUGUCGUUGCUCGCGGGGCCUAGGAUAGCUCAGCCUCCCUCUCAGUGUCGGUAUCCAGCUCUUGAAUACGAUGGUUCGUCAGUCACACCCUGUUCCUGAGCCUUCCGCAAAGAUAUCCACUUCCGGAUCCGGUCGGUUGCGUGGAUGACUUUGUGUGUGACCUAGCGGUAUGUAUGCUGAGAUGACUGUCGAGCACAAAUGGCGCUCCAUUUCAGCUGCCCGAACGCUGAAGCACACUCCGCUCCAAAAGGCACACACAGCAACAUCCACGCACCCCAAUUCGCGCCCCACGCGUUGCUCGUCCUCUUCGUUCCCAAGGGCGGCUUGACAGCGGACUCAGACUGGCUUCAACAGGACUUAUGCACCGUGCUCAAUGCUUGAGCUGCAGUCUUGAGUGAACAAGGGACGAGCUUGCGGCUUG